AUGCAUUGCUUCAACGCCCCCAAAAAAAUACAACCAGAUACCACACUUUUCCAACCGCAUGGCUACCCUGAGCGAUGGCAACAACGCCAUGUACUUUUGGGUAAUACCAGUCAUACUAAUAUCAUCAAAUCGUUCAAGAACCUGGACCCUGAUAGACCUCCCAUCAUCACGCGUGGACUCGCCACCGCGUUGGAACUUGCCGCACGGCCUAUCGGCCACCUAUUUCAGCUCAACGCGUUUUAUGCACGCCCCACCCAGUUGCUCUCACAUCGUGUUCCUUUCUUAUUUAUUCCACUUCCUUCCUCAUUCAAAAAGUUUCAGUUCGGGAAUGAAUCACUGUCGAUGAAGCCUUCUUCCCUCUUGGCGAACGUUGUUGAUCUCGUCUCCGACGGGGAUCAGAAACGAUGA